AUGGCAGGAGUAGCAGCUCUCAAGAAGAACAACUCAUUCCACAAGAAAGACAAUCCAAAUCUUCUCUUAGGCCGUUUCGAAUUAGGAAAACUCCUUGGCCAUGGAACUUUUGCCAAGGUCCACCUAGCUAAAAACCUCAAAACAGGUGAAGCAGUAGCUAUAAAGAUCAUAAGCAAAGACAAAAUCCUUAAAAGUGGUUUAGUUUCACACAUCAAACGUGAAAUCUCCAUUCUCCGCCGUGUCCGCCACCCCAACAUCGUGCAGCUCUUUGAAGUCAUGGCGACGAAGACAAAGAUCUACUUUGUAAUGGAAUAUGUACGAGGUGGAGAGCUUUUCAAUAAGGUUGCUAAAGGUAGGUUGAAAGAAGAGGUUGCUAGGAAGUAUUUUCAACAGUUAAUAUGUGCGGUUGGGUUUUGUCAUGCUAGAGGUGUUUUUCAUAGAGAUAUAAAACCUGAAAAUUUGUUGUUAGAUGAAAAUGGUAACCUUAAAGUUUCCGAUUUUGGUUUGAGUGCUGUGUCGGAUGAAAUAAAGCAAGAUGGGUUGUUUCAUACUUUUUGUGGCACACCUGCUUAUGUUGCUCCUGAGGUUUUGUCUAGAAAAGGUUAUGAUGGUGCUAAGGUUGAUAUUUGGUCUUGUGGUGUUGUUUUGUUUGUUUUGAUGGCUGGUUAUUUGCCUUUUCAUGAUCCUAAUAAUGUUAUGGUUAUGUAUAAGAAGAUUUAUAAAGGUGAGUUUAGGUGUCCUAGAUGGUUUUCUCCUGAACUUGUUAACCUUCUUACUAGGCUUCUUGAUACUAAACCUCAAACUAGGAUUUCGAUCCCCGAGAUUAUGGAGAAUCAUUGGUUUAAGAUAGGUUUUAAGCAUAUUAAGUUUUAUGUUGAGGAUGAUGUUGUUUGUGAUAUUGAUUCUCUUGAUCUUGAUGGUAAUGAUGGUAAUGUUGAUAAGAAGGUGCUAAACAUCGAUGAACAUCGCGAUGAAGUAUUGGAAUCGGUAUCAGAAUCAGAAUGGGAUACUGAGGUUGUGAAUAGAAGGAAGAGUCGUCAGCUUGGUUCGUUGCCACGGCCUGCGAGUUUGAAUGCUUUUGACAUUAUAUCGUUUUCGCAAGGCUUUGAUCUUUCUGGAUUGUUUGAGGAAAAGGGCGAUGAGGCAAGGUUUGUUUCUGGUGCGUCGGUGUCAAAGAUUAUGAUGAAAUUGGAGGAAGUUGCUCAGUUGGUUAGUUUCAAAGUGAGGAAGAGAGAUUGCAGGGUUAGCUUCGAGGGUUCGAGAGAAGGGGUAAAAGGGCCAUUGAGUAUUGCUGCUGAGGUAUUCGAGUUAACACCUUCUUUGGUUGUUGUUGAAGUGAAGAAAAAAGGAGGGGAUAAAGUUGAGUAUGAUAGAUUUUUAAACACUAAAUUGAAGCCCGCUUUGCAUAGUUUAACUAUAGAGGAAUCUGCAGGUUCUUCAUGUCAAACUACACCAGAUGAAACAUUGCAACAACGCGCAUUUUCCGAUUCUGCCAUUGACAAACAUUCAGAUAGUAUCGAAUCUCUGAACUUCGAUUCCUGA